AUUAUCAGCUGCUAAUUACCUUCUCAAAGUGGUUUCCCUUGGUUACCAACAACCGCUUGGACGAAGUUUUUGCAAACUUUAUUCCCGAAGUUUAUAUUCAUCGUCGUUUCUGUGCUAUGAAUUAAUUUAUAGAGGUGUGUUCUGUAAACGUUAACGUAACGUCAUGCCAGCCGGACCUGGGCAGAUUAUAUGGGAUGUUGCUAUUGAACUGGCAGACCAGAAGACAGUUGGUCCCCAGGUGGAGAAAGAGUCAACCAUUCUCAUCACCGGAGCAAAAGAAUGUGGGAAGUCGUCCAUCUUGCCAAUGUAUCUAAAUCAAGAAGAGUUGCCGAAACCCACUGUGGCUCUUGACUAUGCAUUUGCCCAUGUUGGAGCAACAAAUAAAAUGGUGAAAGACAUUGGUCACUACUGGGAAUUAGGCGGUGGAAUCUGGUUGGUUCAACUGAUGGAGGUUGUUAUUAAACCAGAGACUAUACAAUUGGACAGUGACCGCGAUAUAGUGGAGCCUUUUCUGAUCCCUUUGGUAAUCAUUGGAGGCAAAUAUGACAUUUUCCAGAACUCUGACCCAGAGCACAGGAAAAUCAUUUGCAAAACUCUGAGGUUUUUGGCGCACUACCACGGUGCUACCCUGCAGUUCUUCAGUAUCAGAGAUAAAUCCCUUGGCAAACAAAUUGAAUACUUAAAAAAUCACCAUUUAUUUGGCAACCAUUACCCGAAGCUACAUGAGGUGGAUCAUAAUAAACCUUUAUCAGUUUAUGUGGGACAUGAUUCCUUACAGUCAAUUGGCCAUUUGAUACCCAGUGGACAAGAUUCCAGAGAAAUGCAAAACAAAAGCCUCGUUGAAAAUUUUGAAUUUGUCUUCACCAAAUAUUUCCCACAAGAGAAGUCUGCAGACCCCCAAACUGCUGCCGAUCCCUCACAAGAACCCCAGUUUAAGGAACACGAUAUUGACAUACUGAAGAGGCAAAAAGAUCAGGAAUUGGAGCAACGCCGUCAGAGGCCUUUUAACACCAGAGAACAAACUGCAGAGAAAACCUACCAAGAUGACUUUUAAGAUUUUUUUUCCCCCUAAAACACCAAAAUUUGUUGGUAUUUAAAAAAAAAAUUUUUUUUUUUUAUUGAGAGAACUUUCAUGGUGUUUCUCUUUUUUGUUGUUGUUGUUGUUGUUGUAGAAAUGUUUUUGUUUCUUAUUCAUUGUCAGAGUGGGUUGGAUAGAGCUGCAAUUUUUCAAACUUCUUUGCCAUUUCUCGGAAUGGAGCUCACUUUUUUACAAAAUUCUAGCCACCAGCAUGGCUGUGGGAUAAAGAAGCUUGAUUCCCAGCCACGUGCUUUUGAGUUCCAUCUCACUGCAUGGGACCUCGGACAAGUGUCUUCAAACGUAGCCCCAGAUCGACCAAAGCCUUGUAAAUGGAUUCAGUUGAUGGAAACUGUAAGAAGCUUAUGUAUAUAUAUUCUUUUACCCUUUUACUUGUUUCUGUCAUCAACAAGCCCCUAUCCCCAAAAUUUCAGACCUCAUGCCUAUAGAAAGGAUUAUCAUUUUAUGUUUAUUUUCUUCUUGACUCAGAAUGCAGAGACCCAUAUCAAAUACCACAAGGCAUCUGUUGGUUCGGCAUUCUUACAGUCCCUACCACUCUAUCACCUUUAACUGGCACCUUUUUUUUUUUAUUGACUCCUGAAAGGUAGAAAAACAGAGGUGAUCUCAGCAGGAUUUGAUCUCACUGCACAGUAGAAAAUCAGCACAAACACACCAUGAAGAAAUAAAAUGCAAGAUUCUAUUGAGUCGGCCAGUUAACCACCA